CACAUGAGCAAACACAUUUUACCAUGUGAUUGCAUUUUCAGUCAUGGCCGACGACUGCAGGAGGCAGGGCUUUGAGCUGGAAAGAAGAAUAUUUGAGUUGGACAACAAGUGCGCCAGUCUCCGGAUAGAAAAGCAAGAUGAUGACUAUUUACAGAAUGCGUCUGCCAUACUAGACAAGUUGAAAAGCUAUUACAGACAAGGGGGAGAGAGUAACAGUCUACCAAGACUGCUCCAGGAUUACACGCAGGUGGUUCUUGACAUCACGUUUUAUGAGGAGAACAAGCUGGUUGAUCAGGAGUUUCCGGAAGACUGCUCCCCGUAUAAGAUCCAGCAGCUGCUGCAGGACCUGACUGAGCCAGAGGUGCUGGCUGGAAGACUUGCACCUGCCCAAGAGGUGCAGUCAGUGCUGGGGCUGGAGUUGCUGGAGUGUCUGUACUGGCGACGGGGGGCGCUCCUGUACAUGUACUGUCACACCCUGCACCGACGGAAGCAGUGGAUCAAAAAGAACAAAGCCACCUUCCUCAAGUGUCUCCAUGAGGGCGUACGUUACCUGAUGAGGAUGCUGCAGGUCAGGAACUCGGUGAAGCUCAACGACGGCGUGGUCUUCCACGACUCCGCCACGGCCAACUUCCUUGCGGAAGGCAUAUUCUCGGACACCCACCUGCUGACCAUGAUGUACAUCGGGGAGAUGUGCUUCUGGGCGGUGAAGUACGAGGACUGCGGCGUGGAGAUGGCCGAGCGCAAGGAGGAGCGCCUGCAGUUCCGAGACAUCGGCACGCAGAUCCUGCACAAGUACGUGCUGGUGUGCGAAGGACCCCUCCAGGGCCAGGGCUGGAACACGGAGAACGCCAAGGAGAUCCUCAACAUCCUGCAGUGAGCGUCCUGCAGGGUCAUCCUGCAGGGGGCGACCUGCUGGGGGCCGAGGAAGAGAGGGAGGGCGUCUGUAAAAUAAUCAUUAAAAAAAACUAAAAUAAAAUGGGACGAGAAAAAAAAAAAAAGUAAAAAAAUUUCCAAAACCACCAACCCCACCCCUUCCCUCCCUACCCCUUCCCUAUAAAAAAAAAUGCUUAUCUUCCAGACUGUUGGCUGCCCAUGUGUUUGCUCUGAGAAUGUGGUUUAAACAAAAAUUAAUAAUAACAAAUAGUAAUUAAAAAAAUGAAGAAAAAGGUCAAAAGUUCUUAAUUCAGCUGGGAAUGAAACAUCACACAGCAGCUGCUUGUAUUUAUUAUUUUAAUUUUUUGUUUUGUUUUUGAUUAAUUGCAUUUAUAUAUAUUAAAGGGAGGGAGGGGUGGAGAGAGAGAGAGGGAGGGAGGGAGAGGAACACAAAUCUAUGUUGAAGACUUAAGUAUUCAUGACUAUUUUAAAGUAUGUACAGUUUUGUUUCUGCUGUGUAAAAGGCUUUUUCUCAUUUAUUAAAAAAAAAAUUCUGUUUUUCAUGCUUUGACCAGAGGUAACGCCCCACAGUGGGAACUUUGAUAUUUUGAUAGUAUACAUCUAAACAGAAAAUCUCAGUGUUGGUAUUCUUUCAAAAUGUAUUUCAUUUUUUAUGUCUUCAUUGAAAAUAAAUAUAUGUUGGUUUAAAAAAAA